UGGAACAGAGGUUCAGCUGGGAGACCCCUCACACACAGGUGAAGGCAUGGCUGUAGAACCUCAGACCCCUGGUCUCCUCAGGAAUGAAGGUCAUUGCCAUCCUCACCCUCCUCCUCUUCUGCUUGGUGGCAGCCCCCACCCACAGCAGUUUCUGGCGGUUUCAGAGGAUGGUCAAACACAUCACGGGGCAAAGUGCCUUCUUCUCAUAUUACGGAUAUGGCUGCUACUGUGGGCUUGGGGGCAAAGGGAUCCCCGUGGAUGACACUGACAGAUGCUGCCGGGCACAUGACUGUUGCUACGAGAAGCUGAAGGAGUUCAGCUGCCAGCCUGUGUUGAACAGCUACCAGUUCCACAUCGUCAAUGGCACAGUGGUUUGUGGAUGCACCCUUGGUCCUGGUGCCAGCUGCCACUGCGGGCUGAAGGCCUGUGAGUGUGACAAGCAAUCCGUGCACUGCUUCAAAGAGAGCCUGCCCACCUAUGAGAAAAACUUCAAGCAGUUCUCCAGCCGGCCCAGGUGUGGCAGACAUAAGCCCCGGUGCUAGGGACACCACAGGGUCCCUCUCAUCAUCCAGCAUCGGCUCUAGUGUUGCUCUUCCAGGAAGCCUUCUCAGAUCAUCCCCAACAGGCCCCUGUUCUUCCACUGGGAGGGAGGACAAAAUGUCUCCCGCAGGGCAGCACACCCUUCAGCAUUCUGACCAAGGGGACUCCCUGUCGUUCAGCAUCAGAGGACUGGAGAGCAGAAAUGGGAAAGACGAGAUGCCUGCCCUGCAGGAGCUGGCAUUCUGUGGAGUGGGGAGGACUACAAAUGCAUGGAUAUAGAAAUAAGAGACACAUUAGACUGUAGUAAGUGCUAUGAUGCAGUAAAACAAAGGGACGGGAUAGAGAUGCACCCAACCCCACAUCCCAGGGUUUCCAGGAGGGGAGAAGCCCCAGGAUCUACCCCAAACUCUCUCUUCACCCCCACUGCAAACCAGGACACAGAGCAGACUUGAGCACCAAGCCCAUGCCCAGCUCUAGCUGGUAACAAAGCCACCACUUUCCUUGCCCCCCUGCGUCCUCACUUUUUAUGAUGUCAUUCUUAGCUUUUCUUAUCAAGAGGCAGAAUCUGUUUUCCCCACCCCAUGAAUCUGAACUGGUCUUGUGGCUUAGUUUGGUCAAUAGAAUGUUGUGGGAGGGAUGGUUUGCCAGUUUUGAGCUAGGCCUCAGGAGGUCUAGGGCAUGUCUACUCUCUCUUAGGACAGCUGCCCCCACCCUGCAAAAAAGCCUGGGCUAGCCUGCUGGAGGAUGAGAGCCCACCUGGAUCAGUUGUCUCAGCUGAUUUCAGACACGUGAGAGAGAGCUCAGCGAGACUUAGCUUGUAGCUGACUACAGAUGUGUGAGGGAACCUGGCUGAGACCAAAACAACUGUCCAGCUGAGCUCAGGCUAAACUGCCAACAUGCAGAAUUGUGAGCUAAAUAAAGGCUGCUGUUCU